AUGACACAGAACUUGUUUGAUGAUCUCAAAGACAAACUAGCUAUACAGCUAAAUAAACUCUCAGAAGAUGUUGAAAAUCAGAAAGAUAACAAGAAACAGAAUAAUACUAUAAUAAAUCUACUGAAUAAGAUUAAGAAUAUUUCAGAUCCAGAGCAGCCUCUACAACAUGCAGAUCUAUCAGAGAAUGAGACUGUUAUAGAAAUUACAGAAGAUAAUCUGAAGAUAUCAGAUAGUUCACAUAAAUCUUUACAAGACUUCACUUUUUCUGUCAGAGUUCUAACACCAGAUACACUACUCAUUAUUGAGUGGGAACAUAUAAAUCUUGAUAAUUUGCUCUUGACAGAUCUUGGCAGCUUGCCAUCUUCAGAUAAAACAGACAACAACAACAAGAAAAAUAAGGCACCAGAAGAUGGAACAGAAAAUAGUAACAAGGAAAUUAAGAAAUCAGAUACUAGCAAUUAA